AUGUUCUCCGCCGCUAUUACAGUCGCGCUGCUGUCGGCAGCUGGCAGCCUGGCCAGCCCGGUCGCCUGCCCCAAAGAGACGUCAACGUGCGCCUCGCCUUCGGGGAACCUGACCGUGUCUGCAUUCCAGCUGUACCCCGAAAAUGCCGAGUUCGACGCGAAACGAUGCGUUACAUACUUUAGUGUUCUCUACAAUGCCUCCGUUGCGGUCUACGAUGCGACAAAGAAUGAGGUAUCGGAAAUCAUCGAAUUUCCCGGUCUCAGUGGAAAGCCAGAGUUUCACUCCAGCGGAAUGCGUGUACGCCCUGACGGGCAAUUGGCUACCGUAGUCAACGCGGGCGCCGCCUUCGACACGUCUGGACAGGAUAUCUCGGGCGACAACUUCCUCGUAACUUACGACCACGACAGCAAGAAAGUCACCUCUCAGGUCAACCUCACCGCUGUAUCCAACGGCGUGUACGGCGGCUUCCAAGACCUUACUUUCGACACCUGCGGCAACACCUUCGUCGUGGGUACCUACCCGGGGAGCAUCAUCAAGGUCAGCGCGGAUGGCUCCAAGGCCGUUCCCUGGAUCGUCGAUCGUAUCUCGAACCGUACCACUGCGGGCUACACUGGCAUCGUUUCACGAGGCAACACUCUCAUCGCCAGCAACGGCAAGGACGGUGGUCUUUACCGGUUCGACGCGACCAAGGCCCAGGGCGAGCCGAUCGCCAUCCCACUGGCUGGAAACAGGACCCUCGGCAAGGACCUGGACCAGGUCUACAUGCCCGCCAAGUACGGAGGCAACACCAUCCUGGUCUCGGACACUAGCGACGGCACUGUCGUCGUUCGGUCGGAUGAUGACUGGAAGUCCGCUAAGAUAGUCGGCACCGUCGCGAACGCGCUCCAGUCCCAAGAUGGAUUCUCGGUCGCCACCGUCCAAAUCGCUGAGCGCAUCUAUGUCGUCACCGAAUACUUCUUGGACGCGAGCAACAAGGUCCCUGGGACCAAUGCCGGUAACAGGACCGAGUUCCCGCUUCGAGACAUCACCGACGAAGUGGACGCCAUGUUGCAGAAGGUCCCUGCUACCCGGCGAUAA